GCGUGCGUUGGAUCCUUGACUUAUUGGCUGGAAUCCUGCGCAGUUUGCAGAUCAAGCCGGAGGAUAUCACCGCUCCAUCUCUCGUCCCCUCCCACUUUACAUCCUCGCGAUGACCAUGUAAUCUCUUCCGGGUCUCGAGGCCCAAGACCAAAUCGAGCUGUGGCACCUUCAUCCCAUUGCAAAUAUACUUGCGUCCUUUCGUGCCGGUUCACUCAAGUGGCUCUAGCGAGAUCUGUGCCUAUGUUGAAAGCAGUACCUACAUCAUGCAUCUCACCUUGUUCUAUCUCCUCGCGUCCUGGUCGACCUUCGCCGUCGCUUCAGCCAACUUCCUCGUCUCCGGACAGACCGAGUUCACCAUGGGCGUGCUUCUUCCCCGUCAACAAGGCCGCGUGAACUUACAGAUCUUCACCGGCGCCCUAGGCGGGGUGAGUGCGUCGGCCAUCACCAACUCGGGUGACCCUGAGAGACCGUUCGAGGUUGACGGCGACACCUUUAAUUUUGCAGGUGGAUUUCGAGACAGCCGCCAACAGAGCCUGUGACAACCAGAAGAAUGCGUGUGCCGACAUGGCCAACAAUGGGACAGGUUCAUUUAGGGUGGGCGACUGUGACCAGCAAACUGAACGGUGUAAGAGUACCGCAUCAUCGGCGAGCGUCAGGACUUUCUCGCCGCCCGUCUUGGUGAGCUCGAACGACGAGUUUGACUUUUUCUGCGAGGCGUAAGGGGGCAGCGGUCCAGCGUGGUGAGGAGUCCAAUUGAAUGGUUACGUUCCCGGUGUUUCGGGCUGCUUCGGAUCCUUUAUCACCAUAAUAGCAUUAUCCUCACUCACCGCCCGUACUAAAUGUGAAAGAGUCCGAAUCGCUGAUCCAAAGCAGCCCAAGUUAGAAGCCAACUUGAAGUCCAUCAUCAAUCGAGUUGGCGACUUGGAAG